GCGCAGUAUCCUGCAUUUGCCAUCCAGACGUGGUGGUAGCUAUACGUCUAUGUAGUAUUGUUAGUAUAAGUAUCUAGAGACUGAUAAAAUAAAGUGAUAUACACCCCGACAAAAUGGGGACAACUAGAAUAAGUUUAAGCAUUUUUAGUGUUAUCUUAUUAUUCUCAGUUUUAUGGACCCCUGCUCUCUCCAAUGAUAAAUGCGAUCUGGCCUGCAAAAGAUCAUCAUCAGGAGCUACGUUUCUAAAUGGACACACAUACAACUACGCAGUGGAAGGAACAGUGAAGGUGUACUUGACCGGAGGCGACAAGCAAGAGACGAAUGUGAAGAUCUUCGGCCAAGUCUCGGUGACCGCUUAUGGCAACUGUGAACUGUCACUCAAGGUCAACUCCUUGGCGAUCUCUGGACCGGAUGGAAAGAAAUACACGCCUCCAAAAGGAAUUGAGAAAGUUGUGCGGUUCAACUUGGAAGAUGGUCGUGUGGGACCGGAGAUUUGCACUGAAGAGGGAGACACCAAAGCUUCCCUCAACGUGAAGAGAGCCAUCAUCUCACUGCUGCAGACGGAACAGAAAGCUUCCACACAGACUGAUGUCUUCGGCGCGUGUCCAACGGAAGUGUCCGCGUCCCAAGAGGGUGGUGCAGUGCUGGUGCACAGGACCCGGGACUUGAGCAGAUGCGCCCACCGGGAACAGACCAGGAACGAACUGAUCACCGCUGUCUACAACCCUACCGCUGAAAUCAAGAACACUCAACUCCUGCAAUCAAUCCUGAACGUAGAGUCCAAGGUCAACAAUGGGGUGCCAGAGAAGAUCGCUGCAACCGAACAGUACUUGUACAGACCUUUCUCUAUUGGCGAGAACGGGGCAAGGGCUGAGGUCACCACCAAGAUGUCCCUUAGUGGUACAGCUAAAGGCAAUGGAGCAGGAGGUCAAUGCACGGUUCCCCGCACCAUUAUCUUCGAAAACCCCAACGACGACUCGGCGAGCCAAAGCAGCUCUCAGCACCUGAUGACUGCUAUUAAGGAGACUUGCAAGACCCUGAACAACGAAGCCAGCUCCAAAUCCGCGGGCAAUUUCGCUCAACUUGUCAGGAUCUUCCGUACAGCCAACAAAGAGGACUUGAUGAAAGUUUUUGGACAAGUCAAAGGAAACAGUUUGGAAAAGCGUGUCUACUUAGACGCUCUUCUCAGAGCUGGAACAGGCUACAGUAUCGAAGCUUCCAUCCAAAUCCUGAAGAACAAGGAGUUGAAUGAGAUAGAAGAGAAAGUGGUCUUCCUAUCCUUAGGCAACGCCAGGCAUGUCACGAGCGAAGCGAUUAAGGCAGCUGCUAGUCUCCUGGACUUACCCAACUUACCAAAAGGGGUGUAUUUAGGAGUUGGGGCGCUCGCCGGUACGUACUGCCGCGACCACAACUGCCACUCGGAGAAGGCUGAUGGAAUUGUAGCACUUAGCAAGAAGUUAGCUGGCAAGCUGCAGAACUGCAAGCCCAAGACCAAACUUGAAGAAGAUAACGUCGUAGCAGUGCUAAAAGGCAUUAGAAACAUCGGCCAUUUGGAAGACGCCUUGAUCGACAAGCUGGUCCACUGCGCAGCUGACAACAACGUCAAAGCCAGAGUCAGAGUUGCUGCCCUGGAAGCCUUCCAGGCUGACUCCUGUUCUUCUAAGGUGAAGAAGACCGCUAUGGACAUCAUGAAGAACCGUCAACUGGACUCUGAAAUCCGCAUCAAGGCCUACCUCGCCGUCAUAGACUGCCCUUGUGGAAAAUCUGCUAACGAGAUCAAGACUCUCCUGGAGUCGGAACCUGUACACCAAGUGGCGAGGUUCAUCUCAACAUCUCUCCGUGCCAUCCGUGCGUCUGCCAACCCUGACAAGCAACAUGCGAGACAGCACUACGGACUCAUUGGCAUCCCUAACAAAUACAACGUUGAUGACAGGAAGUACUCCUUCUACCGGGAGAUGAGCUACAACGUAGACGCUCUUGGCGUUGGUGGCAACGUGGAACAGUCCGUCAUCUACUCUCAAGACUCCUUCAUCCCGAGAUCCGUCAGCCUCAACCUCACUGCUGAAGUUUUUGGACACAAUGUUAACAUUCUUGAGGUUGGAGGUCGCCAGGGCAAUCUGGACCGCGUGGUUGAACACUUCCUCGGUCCACGAGGCCUCUUCCGCACCAAGGAACCCCAAGAACUGUUCGAUGAAUUGAAGAACAAGAUGUCAGAAUCUGCUCAGAAAGCUGAGAAAAGUGUAAGAGGUCGCCGUUCCAUCAAGAGCGAGGUCGACAACUUUGAUAGACAGGUGAAAGCCGAGUCAGCACCUUACAACAAUGAGCUGGAUUUAGAUGUGUAUGUCAAACUGUUCGGAACUGAUGCUUUGUUCCUGUCGUUCGGUGACGGCAAAGGCUUUGAUGCUAACGGCUUCCUUGAUGAGUCUUUGAAGAUGAUGAACGAGGGCAUGGACAAGAUGAAACACUUCCAGCAAGAGCUCCGUGGACAUCUUCUCUUCUUGGACGCCGAGUUGGCAUACCCAACCUCCACUGGUCUCCCACUCAAACUGGACGCUAUUGGUGCUGCCACUGGACGUGUAGAUGUAUCUUCCUCAAUUGACAUCCGAUCAUGCCUCAGAAACCCUGAAUCCGCCAAAGUAGACAUCAAGUUGAUCCCAAGCACUGACGUUGAAAUUUCUCUUAUCAUGCUCGUCGACGCAGGAUCAGUAGCAACUGGUCUCAAAGUGAUCACCAAUCUCCACUCUUCUACUGGUGGUCACGUAUCAGCUAAGGUCAUUGAAAAUGGCAACGGAAUCGAUCUACAAUGGGGCCUGCCUCUCGAUAAGCAAGAAAUCCUCACAGCUUCCAGCGAUAUGGUAUUCUUCACCGCUGAAAAUGGACAACUAGAGAAGCGAACGCCUGUAACACCUGCGAGUGAAAAGAAUGAGUACUCUGGUUGCUUUGACCAGCUGUCUCAAGUGCUGGGAUUGACUUUGUGUGGAAAAUUGACUUUGCCGUUCUCGUUCAAUGGUCCUAAAUCCCGGAACUCAGUAUCACAAUACUUGUCUCACUACCCAUUGGUGGGAUCAACGAAGGUAAACCUUGUCUUGGAGAAAAAUGACCUCAGAGGAUACCAUAUCAAGGGAGUUCUCCGCAAUGACCCCAAAGGUCGAUACGGGGUCGAGCUGCUAUUUGAUGCUGAAGGAUCUAAGAACCGCCGCACCCAAAUCUCGGCAGAUUUAAUAAAUAACCAGGAAGAGAAAACAAUACAGCUGAACUUGGAAUCUCCUAUCAAAACCUUGUACGGCCAAUUCUCCGUUUACACCAAACCUAGUGAAUAUGCUCUUGUGAUGAAAGCCAAGAUGGACGAAGCUUCGUACUAUGGCCGUGUCGGGUUGAACAUCGAGGGAAAUGACAGACGUCAUGUUUACAAACCUGUUCUGGAGUACCAGGUGCCACAGAGCCCCAAAAAGAACAUUCAUGUUGAUGGUCAAAUCAUAGAAGAGAAGACUGGCGCUGGUGUCAAAUAUACAGUCUCAGAUGUUAAGUUCAACCUCCCAGAAAGCAACGAGCCUGUAACCCUAAUGGGUCACUUCAGCAGGGAACCCAAAAAAAUGGAAAUGGACUUGAAAAUGAUGAAGGGACAACACAACGCGAUGCUGUCCGCCUCCCUGGCCAACUACGACUUCAAAGCUGAUUUCCGGAACACAUUGAACCCUUAUGUCAAUUUCAAAAUCAAUGGCCACUUUGAAAAUGUUGAAGGGCUCAACCGCAACGAAUUCGACAUGUACUACAGUGAAGGCUGUUCCAACUCCAACUACCGAGUCACUUUGAGUCAGUUCUACAAACGCCAAGUAAUCAACCAGAACUCUCAGAUGAAAGGAAUUAGUAUCAUCAGUAAAAACAAAUUUGAUUACCACUUACUACCUUUCAAACUAAAGUUCGACGUGGAACUCGAUCCCAAGAAAGUUGACUUAGACGUUGGUGGACUUUACAUGAACAGACAGGCAAGUCUUAAAGUUGAUGGACGCACCCACAUCAAGAAGGAAGGAGAUUACAAGGUCAAAUGGGCGAUCAACUUUGACAAGCAAGCAGUUGAGGGCCUAGUGAAACGUGAAAUAGAAUCCCCUGAUAAAUCUAACCUGGAGAACUAUAUUGACUUCAAGAACCUUGGCAGAUACGAGCUUUCUGGGGUCGUCCUUCACAGAAUGAAGGCUAGCGAUGUAAAUGUUGGUGCUAUUGGAAACCUCAAGAUUACUGGUGCUGGGAAAAAUGAGGAUGUAAAAUUCGACGUUGGUUACAUCGAGACCGCCAAACUGAGCUCCUCGCACGCCACUGUCUCCAGCUCCAAGGGAGAACUGCUUAACUUCUUGCUGAAGAUCAACACCGGUGCCAACACCAAUGGUCAACUCAAGCUGAACCUCAAGGACGCCAUCGCAGCCAAUGGCCAGUUCCAAGUUACCGACAACGAUGGAAAAGGAAAUGGCAACAUCAUGGUCCACUUUAAAAUGGUUGAUCGCGUGAUCAAGGGAGAUGUUAAGUUUGUAGUCAAGGAUCCAACGUACAAUGCUGAUGUGGACCUCUUCCUCAACUUUGGCAAGAACGACAAUGACAAGAUACAUUUCAGUACCAACAACAAAAGAACUGAGAAACUACUUGAUAGCAAGAACAAACUGGUAUACGACAGCAAAACCACAGAACUGAACCUUCAUGGAGACUAUCAGGAUCUUGGCAAGAACCACGCCAGUGUGGAAGUCGUCCUACCUGAUGAACGGUGCUUGAGCUUGAAGAUCGAUAGAGAAUUCACUGAGAAAGAUAAUGUGGUAAAUGGCCGUGCCGAGGCAAUCUUCUCCGACGCAACAAAGCGUGGUGGGCCAGCCUCCACUAUCAAGUACAAGGCUAAGGUCACUAACACCAACUGGGACAAGGAAACCAUUGAUUUGGAAGGCCAAGUGGAACUGAACGUCCAGGGCGGCAAGAACCUCCUCAACACAUUCAGCUUGAAGAACGUUCCUAAAGGACCGAAGAGCGAUAUUGCUUUCAGGAACGAAAUAAGCGGUACCAUGCUUCCAAAGAAAGGUAUUGUCGAUGUGACUGCAACUUAUACGGAAGGCGAUACCAUUGAUGAUAACUACAGAGUCAAAAUGAGCUACGGUGAUGAUUUAGCUAUGGAAAUGUUUGGAAAGUACCAAGUCAACCUGCCUAGUAAGGCAGAGAAAAAGUACGUCGAAGACAGCACUGUUACCCUAAGACUGCCAUUCGAGACAGCACAUGAUAUCAAGUGGGUUUCCAAAUUUGCUUACAACCAGCCCGAAAACCAAGCCGCUGAAGUUAACAUUCUACAAUCCGUACAAGUGAAUGCUGAUCUCUUCAAAGUAGAGUCGAACGGAAAGUAUGACCGGAAGAAUGGUAACACCAAGCUGAAGGUUAUCCUACCACAUGUGGAUCCCGUCAACAUUGAUGCCCAAUACAAAAUCGAUGACACUAAGGACAGAACAUCAGGAGCGGUAAACGUCAAUGCGCACUACGGUAAGGGCAAGACCACUUCCCUCUCGAUACAAGGCGCAUCCAACCAGAAGGAACUCGACCUGAAGUUCUUGGUCAACUCUCCACAGAACGAGAAGUUCAAGAAGAUGGAAAUCAACAUGAACGCCAAGAACCCAUCUCCCGACACAUUCAACACCCUUAUCGUAAUUGACGCCGACGGUCGGGUCUACAAAUCGGAAGGUCUCGUCGUCUACUCUUCUUCUCAGCCUGUGUUUGAUCUCAAAUAUAGCAGCCCCGCGUCACCUAAGCCAGCAAGGUUGUACUUCAAAGGAAUCGCACCGAGAUCAACGCAAGGACGCAUGGAGGUCAAGAUAGAAAAUGUCAGGAACUUCGACCUGGACUCUACAUUCGAAGUUAACUUUGAUAAGGAUCUGAUCGUCAAAUUCCACGCUAAUGCGCCCACUCUUGAUCUGAAGAACUACAACGUAGAUAUUUCAAGCAAGGACGCUGGAAGUGGCAAGCGAUUGGAAUUCCAAGCUAUGAAUGAUAAUAAGAACGUGCUGAGUGGAAGUACAUCGUUCAUCAGCAAACAAGAAGGGCCAAAGACUAUCAUCGAAGGUUCUGGUACCCUGAAGGUCAAAGACGAACAGAAACCAGCCAACUUCAAAUACAUCCGCACCAUUCUCACUGAAGGCAACGAACAAGGAGUCGAGACGUUCAUCAACGUAGCGUACGGAGAGCGCAACCACGUGGCGGAGUUUCGCAUCACCAACCUGGAGUACAAGACCUCGUACGUCUACUGCGAGGAAAAGAAGCAGUGUGCUCAUGCUGAAGUCAACGCCAAACUUAUCACCACCAAACCUGGUUGUGUCCAACAUCAGUUCAACGCUGGUUUCGACCUCCGCAAGCUUGGAUUAAACACGGAGUUCGGUCUUCAAGUGGCCAACGAAUUCUCAGACAAGACCUUCCCUCAGUACGACAUGAACUUGCACGUGAACAGGGAGAAUAAGAAGUACCACUUCCAUGUCUACAGCCAGCCUGAACACGGCAAAUUCCCAGCUGGUAUCGUCCUGACGUUCCCCCAAAGGGUCAUCGCUUUAGAAUCCGUCGUCCGCUACCCCACCAACAAAAACCUCCCCUUCCCCGUCAGCGGAGAGAUCUCCCUCUACCCGGACAAGAACAAACCCCAAACCAAGUCCGCUGCAAGGUUCAACUUCGACAUCACUGGCAAUGACAAACAAGGAGAGGCCUCUGCGUUGAUUGGAUUUAGCCACCCGAGGAUUGGAAAGGAAGCUUUAAUCAAGUUCCGAGGAUCUCUAAACCGACCAAACGACAAUACCAUCAAGAUUGAAACCAACGGUGUCAUCUCACACUCCUGCCUCGGCAAUGAUCGCGAAGCCAAAUUCUUCUUGGAAGUUAACCCUGUCCACAUCAAAUUAUUGCUGGACACUCCACUGGUGAAGGUCAUCGACCUGGAAGGCUCAGCGACGGCUAAGGACAACCUGCAGCAAGCAGACCUGGUGUUCAGUCUUCUUGAAGGCAAACCAGUCACAAUGUACGCCGUGGCUAAGGACUUCCAGUACUAUGAAUUCACUACUGGCUACAAAGAUGAAUCCGAACGCAAGCUGUCCGUUGUCGCCAACCUGAACCCAGAGAAGCGCGUGGACGUGUCCGUGGACAUCGUCCUCCACAAGAACAAGAAGAACAUCGUCCACGGCGCCCUGUUCAUCGAAGACAACCUCGUCAAGUCCGACUAUGGCGCUUCGAAGGACAACUUCAACUACUUCGUGGGUGCAUUCAAGAAGGACCUAAGUGUGCUACAAGAGCGUAUCAAGAAUAUUGGUGAAAAAGCAAAUGAGGACGUCAAAAAUACAUUAAAGCGAAUCGAGCCAACAUACAAACAGCUAGAACAAGCGUACAGGGACGACUUCGAGAAGCUGGCCCAGGAUAUCUCUAAUGACAAGGCUCUGAAGGAGAUCUCGGAAGCUAUGCACGUGUUCGCCAAAGUGAUUGCGAAGCUGAUCGACGAUAUCGUGACCGCCUUCAAGCCAAUGGCCGACAAGCUCGCCGAAACCGUCUCGUCGCUUAGCAAGAAGAUUGUCGAAAUGUACGAGAAACAGAUCGCCCCAGGCUUGAAGCAGCUAUACUCCAACGUAGCAGAUCUGGUGAUGACCUACUUCGAUGGCAUCCUCGACGCGGCGGCUCACUUUACUGCCAUGAUCAUGGACUUCUUCGAAAAGCACAAGUCUGAGCUGCAAGAGCUCACUAACAUUUUCACUGAAAUCUUCAAAGACCUCACUCGCAUCGUGGUCGCUCAGCUCAAGGAAUUGCGCUUUAAAUCUGCCGCAUUCAUAUCUGAACUAUCUGAACAGAUCAAGGAGAUGCCCUUCGUUGCCUUCCUCAAAGACAAGUGGCAAGAGUUAGCAGUACCAGAACAGUUCCUGGGCCUCAUGAACGACGCCUACCACGCGGCGCGUGAGGUCAUGCCCACUGAAGAGGCCAAGACCUUCCUCGAUGUCCUUCGCAAUUAUGCCCAAAAGAAAUUGCGUCAAGAGAAGUUCGACGAACAGAAGGAACUCAGGAUUGUCUACGAGAAACUGGUUGCUGCCGUCACCUCCCUGGUGCAGUACGUGCGUCAGACCGCAGGACAAUACGGCAUUUCCUACCCCACUAUCGGCUUUGCUAACUUCCAAGGCUUCUCGCCAAUAUCGCUGCCCUCGUUCAAGGGCUCAGCUGGCUUGAGCCUCAUCACGCAGGCUCUCCAGGGUGACUUCAUGAACCCAUUGACUCUGAUCAAGGCCUACAGACCAAGAAGCCUGAACCCACUCGACGAGGUUCCAGCUAAGAUGCGUGCAGUCAUCGUCAAUGGCAUGCACAUCUUCACAUUCGACGGCCGCCACCUCACCUUCCCUGGCACGUGCCGCUACGUGCUGGCGCACGACCACGUCGACCGCAACUUCACCCUUAUCAGCCAGCUGCAGAACGGACAUCCCAAAGCCAUCAUCCUGGAAGACAAGAGCGGCAUCACUAUCGAGCUGAAGGAGAACGGACAAGUUGCUCUGAAUGGUGCGAACCACGGUUACCCAGUUAUCGAGAAGGAGGUGUUCGCAUUCAGGGAGGCUAAGGGACGCAUCGGUAUGGGAUCGCUGUACGGAAUUAUGGUCUUCUGUACCAGCAAACUUGAGGUGUGCUACGUUGAAGUAUCCGGCUUCUACCACGGCAAGCUUCGUGGUCUGCUCGGAGACGGCAACAACGAACCUUUCGACGACUUCAGGGUACCCAACGGAAAGAUCGUCACAUCAGAGAGCGACUUCGGAAACGCGUACAAACUGGCGGGCAGCUGCAAACCUGUGGAGACUCCAGCUCACGACCAUCAGCAGAUGCACAUGGCUCUUCCAGCGGCCUGCGAGGCUGUCUUCGGUGGUACCUCACCCCUCAAACCCUUGUCUCUGCUGCUGGACAACCAUCCGUUCAGACAAGCCUGCAUCCACGCCUGCGGCGAAGACUCCCCCAAAGCAGCACAAGAGGCCUGCGACCUUGGACGAGCAUACGCCAUCCUUGCACAAACUGGCCUGCUCCCGGCCAUCCUGCCUGCACACUGUCUGAAGUGUACUGAUGCGGACAAACCCAGGGAAAUCGGAGAAAUCUACGACAUUAAGAUGCCCACCAAGCAAGCCGACAUCAUUGUUACUAUUGAAAUUACUGAGUCCUCCGAAAAAAUGUACAAGGAGCUCAUAGUCCCACUGGUGGGGCAGGUCAUCGACCAGCUGAAGAGCAAGCGCAUCACAGACGUCAAGGUCUACCUCGUCGGCAUCAGCUCCAAGUAUCCAUACCCCAUCAUUUAUGACACUGACCUAAAACUGAAGAGUGCCAAGGUGCAUUUCGACGACCAGUCUCGUUACAACAAGAUGAAGUCACUGCAAGUGGGAGACCCUCGCACCGACUACUACAUCAGAUACCUCGCCAAUAUUGUUGAGAACAUCAGGGUCACUUUCGGUCUCCAAAACAUCAUGGUUUCAUACGACACUAUCUACGACCUGCCUCUGCGCGCUGGAGCGGUCAAGCACAUGAUCAGUGGUAUUGGCGACUAUUGCUUUAGACAGGAUAUAUUGACAAGCUCAUUACGUUCGGUGAUGUACGACGUCUUCUUCAAAAACCUCGGCCUGUCUUACUCCCUCAUCAAGGGAACUCCUGGCAUAAAGAUCGGAGGUGGCAAGGAUGUCAACCAAGUUGUUGGUUUCUCCAAACACGGCGUGCUACUGCUGGGUGACAAGAAACAGAAGGAAACCGAAACCCUGAGGAGUACUCUCCACUUGGAGGUGGUAGACGAUUGCAUUGAAUUCUCGCAAGAUACGGAAGGCUACACAUUCUCAGCGACCACCUUCGCCGCCUGCGACCCUGGCAAGCAGAAGCAGUACCUCCAGACCGCUGCAACCUCCAUCGUGAACCGCAUGCUGCAUGAGAACCUGCUGCAGGUCUGCACUUGCAGCUACGUGGACAUCUACAGAGCGCGGUCCGUCUGUGUCGUUAAGGAGAGGAAAGAAGCGGCUCGCAGACGAAAGUAAAGACAGCCCAUCGCUGAUCUCCAGCGCUACAUCUACCAAAUAUUCUUAGUUUUACCACUACGGGCUCAGCAAAAUCAGGAAAGAGGAAUUUUUGAAAAAAAAAUCUCAUAUAAGUUGAUAAUAAAUAAGAAUUUUUGAUUGUUUUCUGGUUGAAAUUUUAUUUGGAAAAAAGCAGGGUCGUAGCUAGAGAUUAUAGUACAGAAGGGUUUAAUUCCUUUUGAAAUGUUUGCUUGAAGUAAUGUUAAGGUUUGAAGUUAGAUUUUUGUAUUUAGUUUAGGAUUGGUUAGAGAUGGCUUCGUUUUAUUUUAAUAAAAUGAUAGACAGUUUUUAUCUCAACCUAAAAAAAUUAAAUUCAAAUAAGGCUAAGUACAAUACAAAUAUCAAGCUCCAUUAAGUUACCUUUUUGUACAACUGAAGUUAUAUUUCAAUGUUACAAUUUUAAUCUUUUGUUGGUGAAAAUCAGAUUUUGUACAUUUCUAACUUAAACUACCAUAAAUACCAAAAACAUUUGAGUAAUUGAACUUCGAUAAUAAUUCAAUAAUCCGCUUCUAUACUUUUUUCUCUAGCUACAUCUCUGAAGAAAUAAUAAUUACGAUAUAGGAAUCGAAAAUAUUUUUCGAGAACAAAUUAUUGUAAAUUACACAUUUUAAUUUUUUUAUUUUAUCGAUUUGAUUCUUAUUUUUUAUCAGCCUAUCUUAGAGCCUGUAUAUAUUAGACUCACCAAAUGUUGUUAAGUAUAGACUAAACUAUUUAUGUCAAAAUACCGAACCAAAUGUAAAGUUUUAAUCGGAAGCUGUAUUAAAACAAAUUGUAAUGUAAUAAAAAUAUAUUAUUUACA